AUGGCUCACAUCGCGGACUUUAUGGUCGACACCGGCAACGCGUUGGGAUUAAAUAAUUUUAUCGCCCGAGAGUUGUCACCAUCACCAUCUCAUGAUUCACCUAAAGAUAUUACACCUUCAGAUGACAAGGAGAAGUACAUCUGGAGGAUGCAUCAACCAUCUGAACCUCGCAAAUAUCAGUUAUUCCCACAGAAGGACAAGACAUCGGUAGCAGCGGGUCGAAGGAGUCCGGAAGGUCGAAAGAGUCCGGAAUCAGACAAGACAUCGAUACCGUCACAAUCAGCGGGGCAAAACGUAACUGUAGAGAAGGACCGAUCGAUACUUGGGAGUGCUCUAAGGUUGAAGGGAAAAGGAGAACAAAGUCUUAUUCGUCGACGGAAAGUGUCUGUUCCAGAGCUGGGACCCAUGACGACGGUGCAAGAAGUUGCCAUGGAUUCUCCCACUAUACCUGGCCGGCCACCACUCCAUGAACGUUCGAUCAGUGCACCUGGCAAUAGCUGGCGUCAACAUGUCUUUGGAGAGAGUAUGCUAUUAUGUAUAUCCGGACCUGCACUGGACGAGAAUGCAGAACUGGCUAUAUCGGAUAUUGGAAAGACUCAGGGUCGGCGGAACCGAGCUGAUUCGUCCUCGCCAAAACCACGACCCCUCUCUCCCAGGUCACUAGCACCUCUCAUUAUCCCAUCAACGUCUUCGCCUCAACCACAACAACGAUUUAUCAAGCAAAUCUCAAAUACGAGGCUUCGUUCAGAAAGCACCCCUCCUGAGGUUCCACCAAAAUCCGCGCGGAUGAAAGAGAUAUACUCCCAUGGCCGAAGUUCUCCAUUCACACCCAUGUCUUCUACAACGAGUCUCUCUACAGCUCCAACAUCCGUUUCCAACACACCGCUGUCAACCAUCCCAAGUACAGGUAGCAAUGCCACCACGCCAACAAGCUCAGCCCUAGAGGGGCGAUCCUCACCGAAGCCAUGGACCGGUCCUGUCAUCGCGCCCAGUCCCAUGGGUCACUCUCGAGGUCAGUCAGAGUCGACUCAACGAUCAGCUUUUACAAUGGGCCACCGAAGAGGGGAAUCAGAAGCAUCCAUAAUGGAUCGAGGACGGCCCAAGAAGCGAGAAGACGGAAGCCCCCUCAAACGUAAAUUGAGCAAACGCAGCGCCUCGAUAGAACAACAAGCAUUUGAGUUACUCCCGAGUGGCCACCGCCCUACCGAUAUACUAUCCGCCCUACCUGCAUCAGAAAUCGAAACCAUCCGCAAACAGGCAAUGGGCCAAGCAUCCCGCUUCGAGGUCCUGAACUCCAAGGACGUAGAGUCCCUCUCAAGAGAACUCCGCGGCCUUGAUGAACGCUGCGAAUAUCUCCGCAAAACGCACCGCUCCCUACGCUCUGGCCGCCGCAAUCUCCACGAGAGAAUCUGCACCUACCUGCGCUCGCCGCGCGUCGCGCGCUUCUCGCACGAAAGCAUGCUUAAGCAAGAAGAAGCGCUCUCGGAACUCGACACUAGUAUCGACGACUGGGUAUCCAAGCUCGAGCAAGCCGACAAUCGUCGGACUCGAGUCAGGCAGAAGUUGCUAGAACAUGUAGCUGCUGCGUUGAUCAUGCAAUCCGAGCAACCACAACAACAACAAGCGGAAACCCAAGUUAGUGCUGUUGUUGCGAAUGGAGAGAAUACCCCGCCCAGAAGUCCGGUGAAGAUGCAUAGUCCAGAGAGGCUGGCGGAGGAAGUUGGCGUGAGCAGCCCGGAGAGUAUCUGUUCGAGGAGGGGCGAUGUGGAGAGUAUUCGGAUUUAUGCGGAUAGUGAUGUAUAUGCGCUGCUCGCUGAUGUCGAAGAGGAGAUCAAUCGCAUGGGCGAUCAGGUUGAAUCCGACAAGAAAGAGCAACAACAGCAGCAGCAACAAGAAAAUGCACUCGAAAACGAAAAAGAAAAGGAAAUGGAAAAGGAAGAAGACCCGCAAAAGGAAAAAAGAGAAGAAAAUGCGAUUUCUGCUGGCAUUACCUUGAGCGCCGUUGCGUUCUCGGGGUUUCCGAGCACGCGACAUUAA